AUCGCCCUUGAAAAAGAGUUUAUUUAUUUACUUACACACUCACUUAUCAGAAAGAUCUGUGCUUCUACAGCAUGGGAGUACUUUGCCACCUCUACUCUAUGACACUGUCAAUUAAUGCAGGCAUACAGGGAGGGGGAAAAAGGUUUGACCUAGAGAAGAGGAGCAGCAUUUAAAACGGAAUAAACACGUCAAGUUUAGGCAAAGUAUGUCCAUACAGCUUGCAGUAGUUCGUGACCUUCCUGUCCUGACGGCGACCGUCAUGUGAAUCAAAGAGGCUGCUGGUUGCCCCACAUCAGGCCGGCCUCUCGCCAUCAAUCCUUGCCGAAGUCAUCUCCGCCCCCCCGCCGUUAGCUUGAAGCUACAUCCCCGCGCCCGGAUGCGCCGCCAUGCCGACUGCAACGCCACAAUCAUUUAUUCACCCACUUGCCUGACACGAGUAUCGAGAGUUGGCCGAGGACGCAGCUAGGAGCGUGUGGUACGCAUGAACCCCGCACCACGGCCAAACUAGUGCAGACAUACGCUGUGUUGAUGUUAUUAUUCAUAAUAAUAUUUGUAUUAGCCGCGUGUUAGCAUCGAUGUGGUUGCAUUUGUAUGCUAGUUAGCUGCUAGCUAACAUUAGCUCAGCUAGUGACAGUCUGGACGGAGGCGGGGAGAACUGUGAGAUCCAAUAUAAGUUUCCAUGUCCAAACCGGCUCUGGAAAUCAAGCGCAAUGUCCGUUGACGAAGACACUGUAAAAACCGCUAGCCCACAGGCUAGCUCAACUUCAUCGUUGCAGAUUUCAGAAUGUUCUGGAAGUUUUAGCGCCGCUUCAGUUUUAGCGGAAGGUGCAGCUGUGGCCGCCUCGGACUUGGCUGCUUCUUGCCCAGUCCCCGGCACCGCCGCCUCACCAAAGCACACCAGCACAGUUGACGCUCUGAGCCACUCUCAUGGCGCUGGGCCAAGAUCCAAAGGGAACGAGGUGAGCAUCAAUCGCAGGAAUAGCUUCCACCACGGCAAACAGCAUCAACAAAUGAGAGUGGCGAAGCGUCGCAACACAUCAAGCUUUAGUUUCAAGCAUCCCAGCUCCGGUAAAAGGAGACGGCGGGUAAACUCAGAAAGUGACUCUGUCCUGCCAACUAACUUUCUCCUGGGAGGGAAUAUUUUUGACCCAUUAAAUCUCAACAGCCUGCAGGAUGAGGAGGUCAACCGGGCGCUGAAUGCAGAAACCCCAAAAUCGUCCCCGUUGCCGGCAAAGAGUCGAGAUCCCGUGGAGAUCCUCAUCCCCAGGGACAUCACAGAUCCUCUCAAUCUGAACAGCUGCAUCGGGGAGAGCAGCUUUUUGGUGUCCCCCCUAAAAAGCGGCGGAAGGCGAAGGCAUCGUAACAGACAUCACGGUGGCAGCUUUUCAACCCAGUUACACCUUUGUGAAUCUGGAAAAAACGAGGUCAAAACUGGAGACUCUGUGUCAUUUCCUGGUACGGUAACCCGUUCUAAUCUGGAAGUCUCGAAAGUGUCAGACAGAGUCUCCGGUGGCGAGGGGGAUUCUCGUGUCCUCUCUGCAGACGAUUCGUCCAGCUUGAAGGAAGAAGCCACCUCCAUAUCUAUGGAGGAUUCCACUUCCUCCGCUCAAGGGGGGGUUAACCAGCACAUAAGCAGGCGCAAGCGGAGGCGCAACUCUGGCAAAAUGGACCCCCCUGUGACUCACUCUACCCCUGUAGCGAAAUCUGCAUCAGGUGAGCAAAAUCACAAACCUGGGGGAUCCAAAAAUUCCUUCCACACGCCCAGGAGUGGAUCCAAAUCUGCUCCGGGAGGUCGCCAGCACCAGCAUCCGCACAACCAGGCCAGGGACCAACAGAAGAAGAAGUUCCAGUAUGGCAACUACAACAAAUACUACGGUUACCGCAACCCGAGUGCAAAUGAAGACCCCCGGGUGCACGUCUUUCGCCCAGAGUGGUUUGAAGGUAAACGCGUGCUCGAUUUAGGCUGCAACUCGGGCCACCUCACCCUCUACAUUGCAAAAAUGCUGCGGCCAGCCCGCAUAUUGGGAUUGGACAUUGACAACGGGCUGGUGCACGCUGCCCGCAAGAACAUCAGGCAUUACCUCUCCGAGAUGCAGACGCAAGAGGCCAGGCGGGCGACGCAGGAGGGGAACGCCGGCUGCGAUGGCGAAGAGAGGCACACGGAGAGCAGGGAAAAUGGCGACACACUCAAAGGGGAAAGCGGCCUCGCGGAGGAGGCGGACGGCAAGGACUCUUGUGGCACAGAACAGGUCAAGGCUCAGAGACAAGAUGGCAAAAUAGAAAAAAUGGAGCGCGUGGGUAGCGAUCAGCCCGGGAGCUGCUCUUUCCCUCUGUCCCUGCAGAUCUCCCGGGGGCCCAUUGCUGCACCUCCUCUUACUGAAUCCUCCACCGCAAAGCCAGGGGAGUUCCCCGCCAAUGUGUCCUUCAUCAAGGCCAAUUAUGUGCUGCAAAAUGACAACCUGCUCGUGACCCAGCGGCCCGAGUACGACGUGAUCCUGUGUAUGAGCGUCACCAAAUGGGUUCACCUGAACUGGGGGGACAGCGGCCUCAAGCGCCUCUUCAAGAGAGUCUACCGACAUCUUCAUCCCGGAGGCCUCUUCAUCCUCGAGCCGCAGCCCUGGCAAUCCUACAUCAAGAGGAAGAAGCUGACGGAUACCAUCAACAGGAAUUUUCACAGCAUUCGCCUCAAGCCCGAUCAGUUUUCCUCCUAUCUCACCAAUGAAGUGGGCUUCACGAGUUGCGAGUUCCUCGGGACGCCGAAAAGUUUAACCAGAGGUUUUCAGAGGCCAAUCUACUUGUUUCACAAAUGACCGCUUCUGCCUUUUGAUGGGACUGAAUGUGAGUAACCGCACAGCCAGCUGCUGGACGCUUCCAUCGCCGCCUCAGACUUUUGACGAGGGACUUUCUUGAAGAAGGGGACCAAAAGCAGGAUGUUUUUUUUUUUUUGUGUGUGUGUGGAUGGACGGGGGCGGGGGUGAAAAGACUCUCCAGUCACAGAGGAACAGGCACUCUGCUUGGACAUGACUACUUGCAAAUGAUGCGUAUGAUGCAUGACGGUGUCGUGCGUUUGGAUACCUUGGGCUAAAUCUUAUUAUUAUUUUUUUUUCCUCCUAUAAAUACUGUGUUGUGUGCCACCACAAUGACACAUGCAGCAGAUCUGGGUGCUCAUGCAGAAUGUUCUCCAAUGACCAUUUCAAAAGAUGUUUUCCUCACCUCCAUGAGCUCAGGGUGGCCAGACUUGAGCUACUGACUCAUUCCCGAUC